AUUUGUAGAAUCAAUACAAAAAUAUGAAAAUAAUUAAAAAUUCAUUAUUGAUGAAUGGCAGAGAUAAUAUGGAUUUGGAGGAGGAAAAACUUGUAAUGGUGAUUUUUUUGAAAAAGCAGGAAUAAAUACAUCAAAAGUAAUUUUUCCUUUUAAUAAAAAUAUAGCUAAUAAUAUGAAAUAAAGGGGUAAAAAUUAUACAGAUGAAGAAAUACAAAGAUACAAUAUAUAUGCUAAUGGAAUAUCAUUAGUAAUACAUCCAUAAAAUCCAUUUAUUCCAACAAUACAUGCUAAUUAUCGUUGGAUGGAAUUAUAUGAUCGUGAAUCAAAUAUUACUGCUGAUUUUUGGUUUGGUGGUGGAAGUGAUUUAACUCCUCAUUAUGUUAAUGAAGAAGAUUUUGUUUUAUUCCAUUAAGGAUUUUAUUAGGCUAUUAAUGAUGAAUAGUUAUAUAAGAAAUUAAAGAAAUAAUGCGAUGAUUAUUUUUACAUUUAAUUUAGGUAAGAAUAUAGGGGUAUUGGUGGAAUUUUUUAUGACGACUUCAUAUUAGAUAAUAAUUGGGAAAAAACAUUUGAUUUUUCAAAAAGAUGCGGAAAAGUUACUUUAGAUUCUUAUAUAAAAAUCAUUGAAAAUAAUAAAGAUAAAGAGUUCAAUGAAGAAAAUAUGAAAUGGAAGUAAAUUAGAAGGGGAAGAUACGUAGAAUUUAAUCUUGUUUAUGACAGAGGUACUAAAUUUGGACUUUAUACACCAGAUGCGAGAAUCGAAAGUAUUUUAAUGAGUCUACCUCAUUUAGCUUGUUGGGAAUAUAUGUUUUAAAUUAAAGAAGGAAGUAAAGAAGAAGAAAUGUAAAAGAUAAUUUUAAAUGCAAAAGAUUGGAUAUGAUUAUAUUAUAUUAUAUUAUAUAUUUUUUUUUCAAAAUAAAACAUAAGAAAAAAAAAUAUAUAUAUAAUAAUAAUUAAUUUGAAAAUAAAAAUAUCUAUUGU